CAUGCUUCACUAUAAUUUUAUCUGUGACUCUCUCAUUCAUGCCGCAAAAACGUAAACAAACCGCGGUUUUUCACCUCGAAAAAUGUGUUUGGCUCACUUUUAUCUAAUCUCACGCACUGAUAGUGGUUCCCAAGAGAGAGACGGUUACUCAUAGUGGUUCAGUUUUACGACGAAUUUCGCAAGCUACAGAUGUGAAAACGGAGUUUAUUUCUCCCUUAAAACCAAAGUGAAGUGGCAUCAUCAUAGACAUGGAGGGGCAGGUGGCUCAUGCCGCCAGUCCACCGCCUCACAUACUCGGCUACGCCAUUCGGAGUAGGACACGGAUAUGGGUCUCCUAUAUACUGCCCGCCUGCCUAGGACUGCUCGUUUAUAUUGCCCAGACUGCGUCGGACUUGGCCCUGAGCUACCAGCAUUUCAGAGAGAAGGAACCGGGCUUUGGAGCCGGCACUUUGGUCCUGGUGAUCCUUCCUCCGCUGAUCACCUUCCUUCUGGUGGUGGCUUCUAGGGCGCAACGGAACUGCGCCUGCACGAAUAGAAAUAGGUGCACUGCCCUUGCCCUUGGACUGGUUAAGCUGCUGCUAUUCCCAUUCUUCGUGGUGUUCAGGUUUUGUACGCGCCUGUUCUGGGCCAUCGAGGGACUCUUCCACGACGACGACGAUGUGGAGCGUAUGAAGUGUUUGGCCAAGGCGGAAGAAACCUCCAAUAUCGAACUGUACCUGUUCAUUCAGGCCUACGCCCAGGCAGCUCCUCAGAUCAUCCUGCAGCUGUACCACAUGCUCGCCCAGGAUAUGUUCCGGAACUAUGAGACCUCUGCUGUCCAGGCUUUAUCCCUGGUAUUCUCCGCCAUUGACUUGGCAGCUGUGACCACCAGCUAUCAUCGCAUUGAGAGCCAGCGGCGGGUCGGACGCCACUACCCUUGGGCCACGCCCCAGCAAGUGGAGACCCAUCGCUGUCAGCUGGAGCAGAACGAGCGCCUUUGCUGCGAAGCUGCGCGGAGGAAACGCGAGUCCGAGCGCACCAUAACCAGCUUCCCUGAAUCGGAUAAGAUCAUGGAGAACUUCCGAUCGCGAACGUCACUCUUUAACCCGGGUGAAGCCUCACACGAGUUGCACUUCCAGGGGGAGGACGAGGUGGACAACGACGCCUUGGAGCAGAUGGAAACGCGAGCCCUUUUGCAUUCCGGGCCCCGUGACAACGCCACCGAUGAGGAGAAGAUUCAGGGGACGAGACCCAAGCUGAAGGUGCGUUACGAGGACCUGGGGGAUUUGAAUACCAUCGAGGUACUGGACAGCGUUCCCGAGACACCGGCACCACCGCCACCGCCAAAAACAGCACCGCCUCAGCUGCCUUUGCUGCAGCCCAGCGAAGAUGAUCCCCCGACUCCCGACCUGCGGAGAACCAUGUCAGAUAAGGAUACCAUGAGGAGUCGUCGAGUCACCAGACCUCUCUCCCAGUUGGAAACCUUUAGGGACAUGCUUCUGGUCAACGCUCAGCUCUACAUCAAGCAAAAUGUCCCCCAUCCGCCAAAGCUUCUACUGGGAAAAGUGAGCGAGGAUGCGACGGAUGAUCAGAGCAUUCUGAUUCCACAGACACCCAAGGCACCGUCUCCGCUGACGCCAAAGGAUGUGGUGGACUUUUACUUUCCGCGGCCCACAAAGAUAGUGAAUGGUAUCCAGCAGGAUGACUUUGCGGGCAAAACAGUGUCCUUCUUCGGUUGGGUCGCCUUCAUCACCAUGCGGAUGCUGGCGCUGUCCACUUUUUGUGUGUUCUAUCCGCGUGCCUUCUUCAUCCUGGUUGGUGUUCACUACGCCCUUAUGCUGGCCUGCCUGGCCCUGGAAACACGUUGUCGAGGCAGUUGGAGCCGCACUCUAUUCCUCCUGCUCCUGGCCUACAUAUAUAUCUUUGUGUUGAUGGAGUUCCGGGUGAGCUUCAAGAGUAUUCGGCUCUGGUACGGUGGUUACUUGGUGCUAACCAUGGUAGAGAACAUUACCGUGUCGAGCAUUUGGUUCGUGAACGAGGAGUGGGAGUCCUGGUGGAUCGGCUUCAUCUGGGAGUGGAUCGUGUACAGCGGAGUCCUCUUCCUGGUCACGCUUAUAGUCUACUAUUGGAUUCUGAAACCGAAAGAGGUUGCCCUCAUAGUGGAGGACGAGGCUCCAGCAGUUUCAGAUCCCGAGCCAAAUCCAAACGAGCAUGCCGUUGCCUAGCAAUUACUGUCGUAGUUGUU